GAUGUGAUUUCCGGCCUCGAUGAAGGUCAGACCAAGCUGCUGGCGGCUUCAGAAGCGGUAGAUCGUCUCUUCCACUCGAUCACAGUGGUUGUAGUCACGGCUGAAUCUUCCAUUUUUAUGGAACAUUCAAAAACUACCUCGAAUCAAGGCCUUAUCCUCAUACCUUGCAAGCCAUUGAAGCGGUGGAUUCCAACGGAGCUGACCCCUACGGAGGCGAUUUUGCCACAGUCUGCACUGGCGCCGGACAACGAGCAAAAGCCCAACUAG